UGUUAGAACCAAUCCGCAGGGCUUGGUUUCUUUAGACAUGGAGACUCUUAAGGACUAGAGCAGUAAUUGUAAUCCUUAUUCUACAGGGAAUCAUCCAGUCCCAGUGGAAUGUCUCAGACCCAGUACAGUGUGACAAAGUCUUGAGUGAGCAGUCAUGCCUUCAGCCCCAUGGGGAUGCCGAGACAGUUGGGAUGUCUUCUGAGGGUGAUCAGAAUGAAGAGAACUUCCUAGCUCCAAAGAAGCCUUCCCCGGGGAAAUGCUCCUCCAAGUAUGUUCCACUUAAUCCAUGGACACAAAACCCCCCAGUGCGACAGCCCCUGGAUUGUGAGAGAGGAGCACUGUUUAUAGCAAGUCCCUCACGCCGACAGGCCCACAAGCAAAGUCACCAUGAACAGAACCCAUCCAAGUGUGAGGAGUGUGGGGGAGCCUUCCCGUGUUCUCGGCACUGUGAUGUUCCCAUAGAAACCCACAGUGCACAGAAAUCCCAGGAAUGUCAACAGCAAAGACAAACAUUGAGUCAAAUGUCACAACAGCUCGACCAUGUGAAUGUCCAUAGAGGAGAGAAGUCAGGUUCUUGGAAAGAGUUCGGGCAGGCCUUCAAUCAUUCCUCACACCUUAUUAUAAAGAGGAGAGUUCAAACUGUAGAGAAACCAUAUGUAUGUAAAGAGUAUGGGCAGGCCUUGACCCAACCCUCAAGCCUCAGUAUACACAGGAAUAUUCAUAGUGAAGAAGAGAAACCUUAUUUAUGCACCGACUGUGGAAAGGCCUUUCUUCACUUAUCAAGCCUUUCUGCACAUAGGAAAAUUCACACAGGAGACAAAUCUUAUUCAUGUAAGGACUGUGGGAAGGUCUUUGCCUAUUAUUCAAGCUGUUCUAUGCACAAGAAAACGCACAAUGCAGAGAAAUCGUAUAUAUGUAAGAAAUGUGGGAAGGCCUUUGUUCAUUACUCAAACCUUUUGAGUCACGGGAAAAUUCAUACAGGACAGAAGCCAUAUAUAUGUGAGGACUGUGGGAAAGCUUUCAGCUACCCCUCACGCCUUAUUAGUCAUAGGGAGAUUCAUAAUAAAGAGAAACCUUAUAUCUGUAAGGUAUGUGGGAAGGCCUUCGCUCUAUUUGCUUACCUCUCUGUACACAGAAAAAUUCAUACUGGAGAAAAACCUCAUAAAUGUGAGGCAUGUGGAAAGGCCUUCACUCGAUCCUCAGCUCUUACUGUGCAUAUAAAAACUCACACUGGAGAGAAGCCUUAUAUAUGUCAGGAGUGUGGGAUGGCCUUUAGUAGAUUCUCAAGACUUACUGUACAUAGGAGAAUUCACACAGGAGAGAAACCAUAUAUAUGUAAGGAAUGUGGGGAUGCCUUCAUUAGCACUUACAGCCUUCUUCAGCAUAAGAGACUUCAUACUGGAGAGAAACCUUUUGUUUGUGAGGAAUGUGGGAAGGCAUAUUGUCAUUCCUCAAGCCUUCGUAGCCAUAGGAAAAUUCAUACUGGAGAAAAACCUUAUGUUUGUAAGGAAUGUGGGGAGGCCUUCUCUCAAUAUGGGUACCUUACUAAGCACAAAAAAAUUCAUAAUGAAGAGAAACCUCAUCAAUGUCAGACAUGUGGGAAGGCCUUCACUACAUAUUCAGGCCUUACUCUACAUAUGCAAUCUCAUAUUGGAGAGAAACCUCACAAAUGUAAGGAAUGUGGGAAGGCCUUCACUCGAUCCACUGCCCUGACUAUGCAUAUAAAAACUCAUACUGGAGAGAAUCUGUAUAUAUGUCAUGAUUGUGGGAAGGCCUUUAAUAGAUUCUCAAUACUUACUAUACAUAGGAGAAUUCACACAGGAGAGAAACCGUAUAUAUGUAAAGAAUGUGGGAAGGCCUUUAUUAGCACCUCCAGCCUUCGUCAGCAUAGGAGAUUUCAUACUGGAGAGAAAGCUUUUGUAUGUGAGGAAUGUGGGAAGUCUUAUCGUCAUUCCUCAAGCCUUCGUAGCCAUAGGAAAAUUCAUACUGGAGAGAAACCUUAUGUUUGUAAGGAAUGUGGGAAGACCUUCUCUGAAAUUCGGAACCUGAAUAAGCACAGGAAAAUUCAUAGUGAAGAUAAACCUCAUCAAUGUCAGACAUGUGGGAAAUCCUUCACUCUGCACUCAGGCCUUACUACACAUAUGAAAAUGCAUACUGGAGUGAAAUCUUAUGUAUGUAAAGAAUGUGGGAAGGCCUUCGUGUUCUCCUCAAGCCUUAGUAAACAUCAUAAAAUUCAUACUGGAUGACGAUUUGAUUCUCUAAUAAUCCGCAAGGUCAUUAUAGGCCUCCUCAGUAAAACAAAUUUCCUUUGGCCUACAAAGGGAUCAGUGAUGCUACAAUGUACAGUCAAGAAGGAAAUAAUCCUGGUAGCAUGUGACAAACUUCCCAUGAUGUCACUUCACUCUGAAGACCUCCACUCAGCCCUCAGGCCUCACUCUCUAUAGAAAUAUUCAUACUGGAGAGAAACUCCAAUGAAUGUAAGGCAUGUGAAAGACCUCUAGUCAGUCCUCAGCCCUGACUGUGCAUAUGAAAACUCAUAUUGUAGAGAAGCCUUAUAUAUGUCAGGAGUAUGGGAAGGCCUUUACUAGAUCCUCAAGAUUUAGUGUACAUAGGAGAAUUCACAAUGGAGAGAAACCGUAUACAUAUAAAGAAUGUGGGAAGGCCUUUGUGUUCUCAGGCCUCAGGAAAUACAGAAUUCAUACUGGAUGACUUGAUCCCUGUAGUCAGAACUGACCCUCUCAGUUUGGACAAGUGGCGUGGGGGCAGGCUACAAAGUACAGCCAGGAAGGAAAUAACCCUGGUAGCACGUGACAGCCUGUUAUGUCAGAUCUAUAAGAGACAGUUACUUGCCUAUUAUCACCUGGGCCCCAGCUGUGCCCUUGUGAGCUUCAUGUGUAUGUUAAUUUGUAAAUAAUGGACCUUGGUGAUGGAAGCCAGGAGGAAGGUGACUGAAUAAGAACUAAUAAACAGGUAAUAAAACCGUCCCUCGCUCAGGGCUGUCAAGGCACAUCACUGUCUCAUUCUUUGCUCCAGCUCUGGAUUGGCUGAGAGGCCCUGGGUUGUGGGGUUUUAUGACAGAGAUCAACCAUGGUGCUACAGUGAAUAUUUUGAAAUUGGAACAACAGCCAAACCCUCUUUAUAAAGAGGGAUUACUUCAAUCCCUCUUUAUUUUCUGGAGAGCCAAACCCCGCUGUGUGCAGGUCUUCCUUCUGCCUUUGAGCUACACUGUCCAUAUUGAGGGGAUUCAGGGAACCUUAUGAGGUACUGGGCUUGGAGCCCAGGACAGCUAUACACGAACUAGCACCUUACCCUCUGGACCAUCUCUGCACUUCUGUUUAGAGUUUUCUUAGGUUUACAUAAGCAUUAAGAUAAAUAUUCCCGAAAAGUAUUAUCUUCAGAAAAUGGCCUUGGUAGGGGUCUUUAAUAGUGUGGGUUUGGUACAGUUUAAGUGAAUUUUACUAUGCAUAAAAAGCGAUUUGCUGGUUCUUUAAAAGGAUGGGAGGGGCCCCUUGGCUCAAAUGUUUUACAGAGAGCCAGAGAGACAUUGGAUCAGGAGCAGAACUGGUAAGAAUAUCAGCACCGUCCAGUCAGUGCUCUGCCCCUUGACAGCACGUGAGCACUGGACUCUUUAAGGUGUGGACCCAAACAAAGUAGACUUCAAUAAAUCCCAGUGAAAGGACCAGUCCUAACAGUGGAGACACACAUUGAGCUAACAGGAAUCUUUUGGGCAGAGUUUUUGCCAUUCUGGGGAUGACUAGAUUGUUGGGAUUUUACUGCUUUCAAAGGCAAAAUUCAGUGUUCCCCCCCUCAAUACUAGUCAAAUGAGGGAGGUGGGAAACAGCUCAGUACAGAAAGCCUUGGGGAUGCAGUGCCACCAGCAGGUCAACCUGUAUCCGUGGGGCAAGUGCAUCAGCAUCUUGAUUGUGCUUCAGACUUCCUGAUAGCCCAAAAUUGCUGCUGUGCCUGUGGCCAGAUCCAACAACUUGGGACCAAGUUUACCAAGAAAUUAAAUGGCCAAAUGUUAGGUACACAAACCACCUUCAUCUCAGCUAUACAAGCUCACUGAUUGGCCUUAUUUCAGAGACACAUAAAUAAAGCUCAAAAGAGAUCAAAAGCCACAAUCUUGGACCAGCACAUUGCGUACUGGGAUAAA